CCUAUGCCCCAGUGGUCCCCUCUCAUUCUUACACAACCAGUGGAUAAGUCGCGUUGGCUAGGAAUUUUUCCAAAGUUUCAUACAUUACUGCCUAUUCAUUCCCUCUCAUAUUACCUCCCAUAUCCACCGGCAAACUAGACCCCUUUAAGCUUAGUGGCUCCUUUCUCGGCCAAGUUCCAAUUCUCAUCCCAAGUGGUCCAUACCCAUACCUGACGCAGAGGGAAGUGUAGCUACAGUAGUAGUAAUCAUCCAUGGAGCCCGUCCUUCCCGUACAUAUUUUACCUCGCCAUGACAACCCGAUCCAGUAUCCUUGUCAUUCAUUCGGUCGAUGGAAGUACCACCCUGUUGGCGUCCCGACUGACUUGCAGUUCAUUUUUAUUUUUUUGAUUUUAUUUUUCAUUUCCCUUUUGCCUUACACUAAACCCUGUUCAGUCCUCCGUAAGUUAUCCAGAGUUCAUUUGGUUACGGAAACCUCGUAAUCAGUCCAGUUUGGCCACACCACUUUCUGACUUAGUUACCAUGACCAUACGUAUUUCCCGCGCAGCCUCUCCCCCGCCUUCACUUUGCCCCAUUCCUAGUGGGUGGUUAGUAAGUUUUCUGUCUAAACCCAAGUAUUGAUUUGUAAGAGCGUUGUAAUUUGAUUAUUACACCGAAAAGUACCACCAACUCGUCAAUAUUCUUCCGUACCCAACCCAAUUUCCCAUUCCUUUGCCUUCCGCCAGGUUGAACUAGAAUUGGCGAUCAACCACACAUAGAGUGAGUGCACAAACCCCCCUUCGUCCACUCUUCUCCCGUGCCUCCCGAGGGUACUGAGCAAUGGAUCCC